AUGUCAGGGAAGACUAGGAGUGGUAGACAGGGCGGUGAGGGGCAGCGGGCUGGUCCCUCUCGGAGCCGUCCGGAGGUAGAGCCCGAGGGGAGCAACUGUGGACCGAGCGGCGCAGCCUCCCGAGAUGGUACCGCAAGCCAAAACCCCGUCCUUCCUACAUCGGAAAGAGAUCUUGGCUUGGUCGAAGCAGUUGCACGGCCCGCUAGGGAAACUCGACGACGGGAUGGAAGAACACGAUGGACUGAAGAGGAAAAUAUCCUGUUAAUGCGUGUUCAUUUUAUAGCUGUGGAUUUGGAACAAGUAACGGAAAACUCUUAUAGAAAUAUACUGACCCAGACUUGGAAUGACAUCAGACCUGACAGAAACUCGUAUGCUAAUUUGCUCUCCAAUAGAGUGAGAUGGCUGCUGGAAGAGGAGAAGUUUACACAAAUCGAACUUGAUGCCAUCCGUAAAAGUUGUUAUCCCAGAGGAGCUGCUCUUGACUUGUGUGAUGACCCACCUGAAGCACCCUCAACCAACAACCAAGAGGAAAGACCGAGAACAAGUAAGUUGGAGCAGAAAUUCAUAAAGAACCUUCUCAUGUAUAGUGGAAUACCUCCUGAAAAUAGACCUAGGAUACCUAAGUUGAUAGGUUCAAAGAAUUUGAUGAAGAAAGUUGACGACCUCAAUAGGAUAUUGGACCAAAAAAUCAACCGUGACCAAACUAUUGAAGAACUCGCGGAUUGUGUCUAUGCGGCUGCCUUAACUGUGUGCGCUGAGAUGGGCGUAGAGAUUCGGGAGGUGCCAAAGAGCAAGGAAAGUCGGGGACCACCACCUUGGAAAGAUCGUCUGGAAAGAAAAAUAAACGAGAUGAGAAAGAAGAUUGGUAUUUUACAAACUUACCUGAGCGCUGAGUCACCAUCUGCGCGUAUUUUAAAAUUAACUCACCGGAUCGCGUCGGAUGCUGGAGUCAAGGCCAGAGAUGAAAACUUCAAGCCGCAGAUGAUACUCGUUUCCGAAAAUCUGAAACAAAAAAUAAAAAUAUUAGGUAAUCGAAUAAGACGCUAUAAUGAAAGGGUUAAAAGGUAUAAAAAUAACAAAUUAUACUACCAAAACCAGCAAAAAUUUUUCAGAAGCUUGGAGGAGGGACCAUCUGAAGUAGGAGAGCCACCAGAGGAAGAAGCCAUGCAUCUUUUCUGGAAAGGAAUAUGGGAGGUAGAAAAGACGUACGAUAGCCAAGCUUCAUGGAUCAAGGAGGCGGAAAAGGAACCUUCCAGAUAUUCCAGUGAAAAUGUAGAAAUCACCGUUGAGGAUAUAAAAUCGGUGCUCAGAAAAACUAACAAUUGGUCAACUCCGGGAGUGGAUGGAGUACAGAAUUACUGGUGGAAACACUUCACGGCUACUCACCAACAUUUAGCUAAACUUUUCCAGCAAACCUUGAGAGAUCCUACAAUAAUACCCCAUUAUUUCACGCAAGGAACUACUAUUAUGAUACCAAAAGGGGAAAUAACCCAAGACCCUGAAAAAUACAGGCCGAUCACCUGCCUUUCCACGGUCUAUAAAUUACUUACAGGAGUUUUAACAAGACACAUAUGGCGACACGUUAACAAAAAUAACAUACUUGCUAAAGAACAGGGUGGAUGUCGUGGGGACACCCGAGGAUGUAAGGAGCUACUAAUAACAGAUUACGUCAUCGCUAAACAGGUAAAAAAGAAACAAAGGAGUAUAUCAGUCGCCUGGGUGGACUACAAAAAGGCCUUUGAUUCUGUGCCGCACACCUGGCUCAUUAAAGUUCUAAAGAUAUACGGGGUCCCUGAAACAAUUAUUGAUCUUCUGAAAUACCUGAUGAAGACUUGGCGUACGAACCUGGUCGUCAACACUAAAAACCAUCACUACAAAACAGGAACAAUAAAUAUAAAAAGUGGCAUAUUUCAGGGGGAUACUCUUAGUCCCCUCUGGUUCUGCCUGGCGAUGAACCUCCUCAGUCAGCUCAUAAACAGACAGAAAUAUGGAUAUAUUGUGGAGAGAUCUCGGAACAUCAGAAUAAGCCACCAAAUGUAUAUCGAUGAUCUUAAAUUAUAUGCUGCUAAUGAAGAGGAAAUGAAAAAACUUUUAAAAAUAGUGGCGUCCUUCACGAAGACCAUAGGGAUGGAAAUUGGGGUGGAUAAGUGCGCGGUGGUUCACGUAGGAAGGGGGCAAAUACGGGAUGGCGAGGGACUCGCAGUCAUGGAGGACGCAACAAUACCUAGGCUCAGCGCGCAAGGUCAUUAUAAAUACCUAGGAAUACAACAAGCCUUGGACAUAAAGAAGGCCGAAAUGAAGAACAUUUUUCGGGAAAAAUACUUCUCGAGAGUGAAAAAAAUACUGCAGUCCAAGCUGAAUGCUAAAGCGACGUUCACGUCGAUGAACAUGUGGGCUCUCCCGUGCACGGAGUUCACCACCCGCACGCUUCGUCUAAUCGACUAUAUAUUAGAAGACAGGAAGGAGGGAGAGGUCUGCAGAAUAUUGAGAAAACGUACAACGAAACAGUCGUAA